ACAUAAGACAGCUUAGUCGUGUACAAGAAUGGAAUUUCAAAUGGAAUACCCGGUUCAUAAUUUGGGAGUGAACAAGGGAAUGGAGAGGUCUCGUUGUUCUUCAGCUAAGGAAGAGAGGAAGAUCAUUGAGAAGAACAGGAGAAAUCAUAUGAAGAAUUUGUACUCCAGGCUCAAUUCUCUUCUCCCCCAUCAUAAUUCUAAGGAGCCAUUGUCAUUACCUGAUCAAAUAGAUGAAGCUGUGAAUUACAUACAGAACCUGGAAACAAGCUUGAAGGUAUCCAGGGAGAAAAAGGACAGUCUAAUGGGCAGAAAGAGAUCGUACAGAUGCACCAAUACUGCAAGCUUGAAAUCCCCGGAAAUUAGGAUUAGCGAAAAGGGCUCUGCAAUAGAGGUGGCUUUGAUAACUGGGCAAGAGAGUCAGCUCAUGUUUUAUGAGAUGAUUCGCAUACUUCAUGUAGAAGGAGCGGAAGUGCUAAACGCCAGUUUCUCGACCGUUGGGAAUACAAUUUUCCACAUUGUUCAUGCCGAGAUUGGAGCAUUGGAAGCAGCAAAAAUUAUAACGGAGAAACUAAACAAGUUUGCACAUGGAUCCACAAGCGAUGAGGAACUCCGGCGGGAGCUAUGUGACAACGAAAUCGAUCCUGAAACAUGGGGUUUCCCAAUCAUGUGAUCGAGGCGCUUGACUUGACGACCUCUUCUGGGCAUGCAUAAUUAGGCAAUAAAACCACGAGCUUAUAAUUAAGAGAGCAAACUGCAAGGGCUGUAGCAUUGAAUUAGGAAGAGUAGCCUUAAUAAAUUGACUGGUAGUUUUCCAUCUUUGUAAACAGUGAGCAUACAUAAUUAGUCAGGUACCGGUUUUAAUAAAUGACUGGUAGUUUCAAUUCUACUGUUAGAAGCCCUCUUUGGCUUAUAUCUUGGCUGAUGAACUGAUUGGAGUAGCAACAGAUUUUAUGAAUACUUUUAAGACUCCAAUUCCUCUUCCCUUAGGUUGUGAAUUUUAUAUGUAACCUUCUAUUGGUUGUAAUUGUUUCCAAAUUAUAUGAAUUGAAUAGUUGAAUUUGGUUGUA